AUGCAUGAUAUGCUAUCGACAAUCUUUCAACCAUGCGAGAUCCAGGUGAACUUGAUCCAAAAUGUUGUGUUUCUGCGGCCACCUCUCCGGGCGACGCUCGAUCACGAGCACCGCACGCACGAGCUUCCUCCUCUUUCAAACGACGAGCUUGUACGAGGCAUAAUUCAUCUGCAUGCACCAUCUCCACGUCAUAUAGAUGGCAUUCGCGUGCAUUUACGAGCGACGAUGUCGCUCGCGCACCUUGACACAGCCUAUAACCAAAGCCCGUCUUCAUGGGAAAACUCAACGUUUAUGGAGCGAAUCCUGGAAAUCGGUGUACCUGCGCGGCUGUCCAAACUAAAUACCCGCCGUUCUAACUCGGCUAGCGUGUCGCGUCCACGCAGUCCGUCGAUCAUUCCUGGCGGUGGUGGUCGUCACAGCGAAAGUCACGAUAUUUUUCGUCAUAUGGUACGCGGUGUUUCGCGAGGAAGAGCGCCAAAAUCUGGCUCACAAACACCUGCACGCUUUCUGGGACACAGUCUGUCGUCAGCCUCAGCAGGCCUCGAUGCCUGUCGCUCCUCUUCGCAUUCGCGCACACGCACUCCUCAGAACUAUUCUGGCGCAUCAACACCGCAGCAGGGAACUAGUCACAGUGUCAUGACUGAUGAGGAUUUACAACAAAUUACAGAACGCCUAGAAGCACAGGAAAUCCUGGAAGACGAGCUAGAAAGACCUCGUGGACGUGCGCCGUCGCGUAAAGAUUCGUAUACGUAUGGCGACGAGCCACGUGGUCGAUCCGCGACAAAGCAUGUGGACGUCAUUUCUAACAAUAACCACGAGGAAGGGAUGGAGCUAAGCAAAGGCGUACACAUGUUCGAGUUUGCGUUUAUAAUCCCGGCUGAUGCGCCCCCCUAUGACCGCAGCCCAUUCGGCAAGGUGCGCUACUCGGUCAAAGUCACCGCUCUUGGCGCUGGACGUGCGCGCUCCAACGUCGAAGAGUGGCGAGAUUUUUUUCCUAUGGUAAAUCCCGCACCUGACGGCGGCGUGACGCCGCUUACGGUGCUUUUCAACGAUGUCCACCCGACUGUGGGCUUGCUUUCUGUCGCAUGCACGUCAAACAACAUUUCUGUCGGCGGGCUUUUCAACAUCGACAUCCACAGCCCGUCACCACCAAGGGACCUGAUUGUAUAUAUGGUGCGAGUACUGCUACAUACGACGAUUGAAGUGACGACGCGGCGCAAAGGUCGGCAAGUUACACCUGUGCAGAAGCGGCGAUUGUUUGAAAAGGGCAUUGUCGCGUCGCAGGAGAAGGCGACUCUUGAUGAAGUCGAUACAUUGCCGGGCUACAUUCGGUACGCGGGGCAGGAUUCUGCUUGGACAGUGCAGGGCGUUGCUCGCAUCCCUGAUGACAAUGCCAUCCGGCCCAGUACCAUGUCUGGUACUCGCUCGCCACUACGUUUCCAUCACACGCUUGUGGUGGAGGUCGUGCAUAGUCGGAACCAUCCAUCAGUACCAGACGCUCUGACGAGCGAGGGGCGCCGAAAAAUCAAGGUCUUUACCUUGCGACAAGGUGUCAUCAUCCCAUCUUGCUGCUGUGCAUUGGAUGCUGUGACACUUCCCGCGUACAGUGAGAAGAAUGAACCUACUUCCACUGUGCCGCAGCUCAAGCAUCUGACCGGCACAACUUGGGAACAGAUUGUGAUGGCGAAUCAAGACCGUGGCGAGUCGCACAAUAUGUGUGUGUGUGGCAUGAGUCUGGCCGACUUAUCGGCCGCUGAGCAGGCCAUGCUGCCACCUCCAAACCCCAGUGAUCUCAUGAUCGGCGAAGCAACACAUGGUCGGAAACCUGGAGAAUUAGAUGGGUCUGAUCCUGAUGUUGUAAAUGAGCCGCAUUCGUACUAUGAGCGUACGCUGCUACCGUCGUCCUCGUCCACACUAUUACCGGGACCAUCCUCUACCGCAUCUUCGUCGUCUUCUCUAGUAUCAACACGAGGCCGGCGCUCUAUCGGCGGUCCUACACCGACAUAUGGGCAGGAAUUUCCUCCCGCUUAUUGUCAGUAG